GUGGUCAGCUCUCAGACCCGUUUCGAGUACGCGUUGGCACUAAUCCGGAGCCGAUAUACCACUGAUAUUCUUCGCGGUGUCAACGAGUUUGAGGACUUGUGCUCCACAGGAGAUCCCAACGCACGAAGAGAUUAUCUCUAUUACUUGGCGUUGGCUAACACUAAGAUCAAAGAAUACCAAAGAGCGCGGGACUGUAUCAAGAAGUUCCUGAGUGUGGAGCCGGAGAACAGACAGGCACAGGAGUUGGACAAAUUGAUCAGGGACAAACUGACCAAAGACGGCCUUAAAGGCAUGGCUAUGGUCGGCGGUGCGGCCGUUGCCAUCGGCGGACUCAUCGGCAUCGGUAUGGCUUUGGCCAAGAAGUGA